AUGGCCAACCGCGACGAGUGGAUUCAACUGAGCGCUACGAGAGACGAGAUCGUCCGUAGCAAUAUUUUUGUCAAGCUUGAAGAUGGAGACGGAUGGAAGUCGAAACCCGAAAUUCCCACGGCCAAGGAAAUCCUUCUACUCCAGAAAGAGGCCGAAGGUCUGCCUGAGAAUGAUGUAAGGCAGCCCUGGAAAUCCAAAGAGGACUACUUGAAGGCUCAGUACGAGAUCCUUCGUCGCGAGGGCACUGAAGGUUUGCGAUUCGCUGUCAACAACUACAUCUACAACAACAACCACGGACUGCGCCAGGAUGACGAUCAGCACAUGUUCGUUUAUACCCAGGUUCGCAUCAAGUCGUACAUCAUGACAACAUUAGGACCUCUUGCGCGUGUUGAGUUCAUGCCGCAGAGAGCCAUCAAAUGGCUGAAGUCCGGUCGCCUAAAACCCGGCAGUCUUCUUGCCCUCACCACCAAAGCCGACAAGUUCAAGACCAUCUGCAAGGUCGCCGUGGUUGCCCAAAGGCCGUACUUGCUUGGACUUGAUCAAACCCCUCCACUCGUCGACCUCAUGUGGGGCAACCCAGAAGAUGCCGUCUUCGAUUGUGAUCUUGAACUUGUUAUGAUUGAGGCCCAACACGGCUAUUUUGAAUCCUCGCGUCAUUCUUUGGUCGGCCUGCAACUGGCUGCGCAGGCAGAUACUCCUAUCGACAAAUACAUCACCGGCAGUCACAGGGGAAAUGAGACACCAAGCUUCAUAUACCAAAGCCCUAUUAUGGACUUCUCUUCUGUUGUGCGCCAACCCCUUGCAGACCUUGAGAAGCUCAAAUCCCUGCGCGAGUUCAAUGUGCUCUCUGGACUCCUCCCAAAAGAUGUGGAAAGUAUCAGCUUUCUCGACGCCUCGCAACUAUCCGCUCUUCAUCGAAUGGUCUCCAAGGAGCUUGCCAUCAUCCAAGGCCCUCCAGGAACGGGGAAAACUUUUACCUCGGUGGAGGCAAUCAAAGUCAUGCUUGCGAGUCGCCGCAAGUGUCCAGGACACAACCCGCCCCUCAUUGUCGCUGCGCAGACAAAUCAUGCCUUGGACCAGCUGCUUGGCCAUUGUCUUGAGGCGAACGCAAAGAUUCUGCGUCUUGGCUCAAGAAGUGAGAGAGAAGACAUGAGGCCUUACAGCUUGUAUGAGAUGCGCCGCAAAUGCUCCCGUGGUGGGGGUGGAAAGCGGUUCAGGGAACUGGAGGAUGACCGUCAUACCAACAUCGACAGAGUAGAGGCACUGGUUGACAGUGUGUUUGGGGACAGUCUCAUCGACCCACGCCAGCUUCAUGCACAUGGCAUCAUUACCGAAGCGCAGCUGGAGUCUUUGUACGAUGAUGAAAUGGAGACAAGCCCGGAGUUGGAGAAGCUUGGUCCCUUUUCCUUAUGGUUGGGAGACUCACGAAUCCCGGCUCGGAUCGUUCGCGACAGGCAGCCUCUCAUAUCCGAAACAUUGGAAGCUGACGAGGACUUCGAUUAUGAGCGCGACGUAGAGAACAUCGCGUACGAUGAAGAAGACGCAGACAGGAUAAACGGCAAGGAAAUCAAAUUGAUGCAUAUAUGGACCGGAAAAGAGCCUGGACACUUCAAAAGCUGGAAUCAUCGUGCACAACGCUUGCUCAGAGAGAAUGAUAACCUCUUUGAUAUACCCCAAGACUGGAGGGGUGCAGUUUACCAGCAUCUCCAGUCCAAACUGGUGCAAGCAACCACUCCGACGCUGGCUGGGCUGCUGGCCAAAUACGUUGAGAUAUGCAAGCGGCGCAGAGCACUCAAAGCCCGGCAAGAUAUUGACAUGGCCUUCUCACAAGAUAUUGCGGUCAUCGGCUGCACAACAACCGGCCUUACAAAAUACCGCGCGUUUCUGGCCGGGCUACAGCCCAAUACCCUGCUUAUCGAAGAAGCUGCCGAAACAAGGGAAGGAAACAUUACCUCGGCUCUGUACCCUUCCCUUCAACAGCUCGUUCUGGUUGGUGACCAUGCACAGAUGUCGCCUCGAUGCGACAUUCGAUGGCUCGGUCAACAUCCGUACAACUUGAACGUCUCUCUGUUUGAAAGGCUCAUCAACCUGAAAAUGAAUCACAUCAUGCUCAAUCAACAGCGCCGCAUGAGGCCGGAGCUGAGACGCAUAGUCUCUCCAUUCUAUAAUAACCUACUCGACCACCCCAGUGUCCAAUCUCCGCAAGCACGUCCGGAUGUCCCUGGGAUGGGUGGGCGUAAUUGCUGGUUUUUCGAUCACGAAUGGAUUGAGCGAACGACUUCUGACAACAGCAAACUCAACGACCAAGAGGCUGAAAUGAUCACCCUCUUCUUUGUGUAUCUUGUGUCUAAUGGUGUGUCUAGUGAGAAGAUAACCAUCUUGACAUACUACAGGGGCCAACGAAGUCUUCUCUUGAGAAGACUAAAAGGGCAUCCAUCGCUCACUGGCUGUUACUUCAACGUUUUCACAGUGGACUCGUACCAGGGUGAAGAAAAUGAUAUUGUUCUCUUGUCCCUGGUGCGUAGCCCUGACCCAGUCUAUGGGCGCAACAUCGGUUUUCUUGACAACCCACACCGAGCUGUGGUUGCUAUCAGUCGCGCUCGGCAAGGGUUCUACAUAUUCGGCAACGUCAAUAACUUACUCGAGGCUAAAACCGAAUCAUCGUUUCUAUGGGGCCUUAUUUUCAAUAGAUUCGCUGAUCAGGGCAUGGUCAACCGAGAACUUGGGCUUCCUCUGGUUUGCCAGAAUCAUGGAAAUGAAAUCUGGAUCAAGGAGCUAGAGGACUGGGCUGACAAUACUGCAGCCCAUGUUUUCAAAUCGUUCCUGAAUGUGGGCAUCCUUGUCACGGCCUUUGCGGUGAAAGAUGUUUCCACGACUGGCAAGACCAUCGAAUCUCUUUUACUCCAGCAUGGCGCUCACGACUUUGGGCAUGAGGAGCCAGUCAAGCGCAAAAGUAUUGUAUCGACGGGAAGUACUGGUCGUGGGCUUUAUAGUCAUUUCGGGGAGCUGCCAUUGCGUCCUAUUGGUGACAAUUGGAAGAAUGCCGAAGCCGUGAUCCAGCAACAGGACAGAAAGCUUGACAAAGAACUUGCAGAGAGGAAUGAGAAGUGGCUCAGCCAGACUCAUCAUGUGCAAGAUCAAUGGAUGCCAACAGGCGUCACGGCUUCCGGAACUCGUAUUCGUGCUGGUCCAAUAAUCACUCAAACCCUCCAGCUUCUAAGCGACUUGCCGGCCAUGACCACCACAGCCGCUGUGACGGCUGGUUCUGGGAGCCAUUUGCGUACUGGCUCUGGUGCUGGUCCAAUCUUUGCGCCCACACUGAAUCAGUUCCCCAACACCGCCCCUAUCGCUCAGCCUGAGCUUCUAAUUCAACUAGAGCAAGACGACUAUGCCGUCUCUGCGUCUAAUUUGAAACAGACAAUAGGAGAUUUGGAGAAUGAUGGAGAAGAGAACUGGUUGAUUGACUUUGGGGAACCCGAAUAG